CCGCCUCGGCCAUGCGGCUCCCGGGCCGGGGGCCUGGGCUCGGGCCCGCGCCGCCCCUCGCGCGUCUCCCCCGCUGAGCCCGCGCCCGGCCGGGGCGCCGCCCGGCACCAUGGUGCAGAAGUCGCGCAACGGCGGCGUGUACCCCGGCCCGAGCGGGGAGAAGAAGCUCAAGGUGGGCUUCGUGGGCUUGGACCCCGGCGCGCCCGACUCCACCCGGGACGGCGCGCUGCUCAUCGCCGGCUCCGAGGCUCCCAAGCGCGGCAGCAUCCUGAGCAAGCCGCGCGCGGGAGGCGCGGGCGCCGGGAAGCCCCCGAAGCGCAACGCCUUCUACCGCAAGCUGCAGAAUUUCCUGUACAACGUGCUGGAGCGGCCGCGCGGCUGGGCGUUCAUCUACCACGCCUACGUGUUCCUGCUGGUCUUCUCCUGCCUCGUGCUAUCGGUCUUCUCCACCAUCAAGGAGUAUGAGAAGAGCUCGGAGGGAGCGCUCUACAUCUUGGAAAUCGUGACCAUCGUGGUGUUCGGUGUAGAGUACUUUGUGCGGAUCUGGGCGGCGGGCUGCUGCUGCCGGUACCGCGGCUGGAGGGGGCGGCUCAAGUUCGCCCGGAAGCCCUUCUGUGUGAUAGACAUCAUGGUGCUCAUCGCCUCCAUCGCUGUGCUGGCCGCCGGCUCCCAGGGCAACGUGUUCGCCACGUCGGCGCUCCGCAGCCUGCGUUUCCUGCAGAUCCUGCGCAUGAUCCGCAUGGACCGGCGCGGCGGCACCUGGAAGCUGCUGGGCUCCGUGGUCUACGCCCACAGCAAGGAGCUGGUGACGGCUUGGUACAUCGGUUUUCUGUGCCUCAUCCUGGCCUCCUUCCUGGUUUACUUGGCGGAGAAGGGGGAGAACGAUCACUUUGACACUUACGCCGAUGCCCUGUGGUGGGGCCUGAUCACCCUGACGACCAUUGGUUACGGGGACAAGUACCCCCAGACCUGGAACGGGAGGCUCCUGGCCGCGACCUUCACCCUCAUUGGCGUCUCCUUCUUCGCUCUUCCCGCGGGCAUCCUGGGGUCUGGCUUUGCUCUGAAAGUUCAGGAGCAACAUCGGCAGAAGCACUUUGAGAAGAGGCGGAACCCUGCCGCGGGCCUGAUCCAGUCGGCCUGGAGGUUCUACGCCACCAACCUGUCCCGCACGGACCUGCACUCCACGUGGCAGUAUUACGAGCGUACGGUGACCGUGCCCAUGUACAGCUCGCAAACUCAAACCUACGGGGCCUCCAGACUCAUCCCGCCCCUGAACCAGCUGGAGCUUCUGCGGAACCUAAAGAGCAAAUCCGGGCUCACCUUCAGGAAGGAGCCUCAGCCGGAGCCGUCUCCCAGUAAAGGCAGACCGUGCAGAGAGUCCCUGUGUGGAUGCUGCCCCGGACACACUAGUCAGAAGGUCAGUUUGAAAGACCGUGUCUUCUCCAGCCCCCGAGGUGUGGCUGCCAAGGGCAAGGGGUCCCCUCAGGCCCCGACCGUCCGGCGGUCUCCCAGCGCCGACCAGAGUCUGGAGGACAGCCCGAGCAAGGUGCCGAAGAGCUGGAGCUUUGGGGACCGCAGCCGGGCGAGGCAGGCCUUCCGGAUUAAGGGCGCGGCGUCCCGCCAGAACUCGGAAGAAGCAAGCCUCCCCGGGGAAGACAUCGCAGAAGACAUUAAGAGCUGCAAUUGCGAGUUUGUGACGGAAGAUCUGACCCCGGGCCUCAAAGUCAGCAUCCGGGCCGUGUGUGUGAUGCGGUUCCUGGUGUCCAAGCGCAAGUUCAAAGAGAGCCUGCGUCCGUACGACGUGAUGGACGUGAUCGAGCAGUACUCGGCCGGCCACCUGGACAUGCUGUCCCGCAUCAAAAACCUGCAGUCCAGGAUAGAUAUGAUUGUGGGCCCCCCACCCCCUUCAACUCCCCGGCACAAGAAGUACCCCACCAAAGGACCCACGGCCCCUCCGAGAGAGUCACCCCAGUACUCACCUAGAGUGGACCAGAUCGUGGGGCGGGGCCCGGCGAUCACCGACAAGGACCGCACCAAGGGCCCGGCCGAGGCGGAGCUGCCCGAGGACCCCAGCAUGAUGGGACGGCUGGGUAAAGUGGAGAAGCAGGUCCUGUCCAUGGAGAAGAAGCUGGAUUUCCUGGUGAACAUCUACAUGCAGCGUAUGGGCAUCCCCCCGACGGAGACGGAGGCCUACUUUGGGGCCAAGGAGCCAGAGCCGGCGCCGCCGUACCACAGCCCCGAGGACAGCCGGGAGCACGGGGACAGGGGCGCCUGCAUCAUCAAGCUUAUCCGCUCAGCCAGUUCCACGGGCCAGAAGAACUUCUCGGCGCCCCCGGCCCAGUGCCCGCCGUCCACCUCGUGGCAGCAGCAGGGCCCCCCGCGCCAGGGCCACGGCACCUCCCCCGUGGGUGACCCCGGCUCGCUGGUGCGGAUCCCGCCCCCUCCCGCCCACGAGCGGUCGCUCUCGGCCUACAGCGGGGGCCCCCGGGCCAGCACGGAGUUCCUGAGGCACGAGGGGGCCCUGCGGGACAGCGACACGUCCAUCUCCAUCCCGUCGGUGGACCACGAGGAGCUGGAGCGCUCGUUCAGCGGCUUCAGCAUCUCCCAGUCCAAGGAGAACCUGGACGCCCUCAACAGCUGCGGUGCGGCCGCCGCACCCUGCGCCAAAGUCCGGCCCUACAUCGCGGAGGGCGAGUCGGACACGGACUCGGACCUCUGCACCCCCUGCGGGCCCCCGCCACGCUCCGCCACCGGGGAAGGCCCUUUCGGCGACGUGGGCUGGGCCGGGCCCCGGAAGUGAGGCCGCCCGCCGGCCUCUCCCUAACUCUCGGCCUUCCAGGCUGGAGUCCCCCGGUGGUCACCGAUUCGACACAGUAACACGGAAGCCAAGGGGGCGACAUCACGUUCAGGGGCCCUCCGUAGAGCAGGUGCCCCCUGCCUGUGCCGGGUGUGGAUGGAAUCAGCCCUGAGACAUUUCUAGACGCUUCUUGAAGCCCAGAGGUGUGGAUGGCCCCUGGGAGGCCUUUGUAGAAAUGCUGAUGUUUGUAUCUAUUUCGUAUUCUCCCCAAAUUGUAAAUAAUGUACAGAGCGGUGGGCUCAGGGGUUCGUCCCUGAUGUGACGCUGCAAGACCAGAGUGAAGACGCAGCGUCCCACCCUCCGAUGUCACAAGCCCUUGAAAUAAACGUGGUGUGCAGAGGGAGAGCCUGACAGCCCGCGGAGGGUUUGGGGGCACCCAGCAGCGUGGCUGGGUCCCGAGCAGCCGGUGGGGCUCCGUGCCCCGGGUGCCCCCCAGUGCUCAUGACUCAGAAUCAGACACUCCCUUCCCGACCAACGCUGUCCUGAGUCGUCCUCGGCUGCCUUCUGUGACCCUGGAGCGGAUCUUCAGGCCACCUGCUUGGAUGGGCCGAAGCUGGGCGAGGGGCAGGAGGCCUGGGUGGGGCCUGGUAGGAAUGGGCUGCCUGCUCCCGGCACCAGGAGAGGCUGUGUGUUGUCCCAGGCCAGCUGCCCUCCCAUGGGCCCCUGCCAAGCCCUAAGUAGGAGAGACAGCCAGGGAGGACUUCCUGAAAGAGGCGGCAUAGUGGGACUGGGGGCUUGUGACUCUCUUCUCUCCAAGGAACCCAGGAAAGCCAGCUGCCUAGGCUAGGGCCCUGGUGGCCUCCGGAGCAUGCACGGGCGGUGGCCACGGUUCACUGGAUAGGCCAUCUUGUGGGGGAGGGGCUGACGGCAGACCCCAGAAGGAGACGCGGGGGGGAGAGAGGCUUCAGCAAACAGGGUAGAGAGAGCGAGGAAGACCCGCUCCCUGGCAGGUGAGACCCUCCGUCCACCUCUCAAAGGCACCCGUAGGGUUGGAGGAAUCGGGGGGGGCCUCUGGUCUUGACACCCGGCGGGCAGAGGAUGCCAGGGAUCGCCCAGGUCAGGUGCAGGGGGAGGGGCCCCCGGGGGUGGCGCUGUGUUCUGGCCCCCCAGUGCCGUAAGCCCGACUCUGGCUGGGUUUCAUAAUGUCGUUGCCUUAAUGCACGUGGACGGAAAUUCACCGAGGUCGCCCCAGGCCCCCGGCGUCUGCCCGGCACCGCACCCUGCCCCCUCGUCCGCGGGACCGGCGCUAUGGUCGGACGCAGAGCGGGCAACGGACCAGGAACGGGCCCUGUGCCCGCCGGGACCCUCCUCACCCCGUCCCGCGCCUGCCCCUGCCGCUCGCUGCCCCGCGGCCCCCACCCAUGCUGCUGCCUUGGCCGUCUGCACUUUGUUCAUGCUCCAAAGAAUUCUUCAUUUGCCUUCAGUACUGACGUGCCCUUCCGACCACGUGUAUGCACCCCUGCACCACAGCCGCCGGGCCUUUCUGUUUCGUGAAUGUGUCACCACCGCACACUCGACCCUCGACUCGCGUGUUGUCCGUUUUCUAGGGAUAGACGCCCAGGGAAUGAACUCGAGUUUUGUACGGACCAGCCGAGACACUAACUUCUCAACUCACUGUCCGCUUCACACUUGUCCCCGAGAAUGGGGCCUGGCCUGGGUUUGCCCGGCGACUUCAGGGGUGGAAUCCGGCAGCAGGGACGCAUGUGAAAAGUUCCGGGAAGUUCUACUGCCACGGGGACCUGUCCAGAAGCCCAGUGGACCUGUGCACUUAGUAAAACACAGUGAUUCAACCUG